AUGACCUCCAGCGUGGCUCAAAGAUCCAAUGUUCAAGUCUUGCACAUGAGUCUUCCUCGGACGGGGAGCUUUUCCAUGAAGGCCGCAUAUGAAGAGCUCGGAAUGCCGACAUACCACGGAUUCGUUUAUAUCGAAAGACCGCAAGACCAUCUUCGCUGGUUCGAUGCAGUGCAGGCCAAGUACUACGGAAAGGGCAAGCCCUUUACGACAGAAGAUUUCGAUGAUUUGGUUGGAGAAUGGGCUGUUGUCUCAGAUAACCCGGUGAUCGGGUUCGUAGAGGAGCUUCUCCAGACUUAUCCUGAGGUGAGCCAACCGUACCACAACCCAAAGGAUCGACUGGCUUAUCAAGCUAUUAGGGCGAAAGUUGUACUUGUCUGCCGAGAUCUGGAUAAAUGGUAUAAGUCAUAUGACGAAGGUGUCAUCAGGUCUUUCUUCCCCUGGAAGAUGUGGGCUGUACUUAAUCUGAUCGAACCUCUCCAAACGCUGAAGCCCGUUACUGUUACAAGGGAUCUGCAAUACGCAAUAUUUCACUGCAGCAAUCAAACGCAAUGGCAAAGAAACUCCAAGUUGAUAUGCCAGGAGCAUACUGAGAAAAUCCGGGAGCUCGUUCCCAAAGAACGCCUGUUGGAGUACAAGCUUGGCUCGGGAUGGGAGCCAUUCCAUGGAAACGACAUUCGGAGCUUCUUCGGGUCAUCACCCUCUAGCCAAUAG